UGUGGAAGCAGGUGGCAAGUACGGAUGUUCUAGCCCAAAACAAUAGGACGAAAAUGGUGAGGUGUUGACGACUCCUCACGCUACCUUGUCAUGAGGGGUUGUGAAAGAGGGGCUGGCGGAUAUGGGGUCGUCCUACGUUCCUUGACUUGUCUAGGAGAGGAAUGGCUUGCCGGCUAGAUCAAUCACGCUCCUAGUAUAAGGUCCUAGUAUAAGGAAGGGAAGCCAGCGAGAACACUUCCAUGGCAAUCCUGCUUGCGUGCUGUCCUCUUUGACCCUGUCCGACGCAGUUAGAAACCUUUGCAGUCUCGAAGAUUGAGCUUAGGGUGCUUUCACAGGGUCAUCACACAAGGCAUCGACACCAAAUACUGUCAAACGAUUUCGAAUUGACCUUCCACAAUGGCUGUGGCCAGAAUUAACCCCAGGACAGCCUGGGCAGCAACUGCAAGCCUUCGAACCCUGCCGGUAUCGUGCCGGUCUCUCUCUCGGCGGGCCUUCCACCAGACCCCAUCGCCCCGCAACCGAAGCCAUCUUCUCCCCGAGUUCAGCCUGAAAGACCGCGUCAUCAUUGUCUCCGGCGGCGGGCGGGGGCUGGGCCUGUGUCAGGCCGAGGCGUUGCUCGAGGCCGGCGCGGUGGUGCACGCGCUGGACCGGCUUCCGGACCCGACGGGGGGGAAAUCCGCAAACACAGACAGCAACAGCGAUUUUGCACGCGUGUCGGCGCGCGCGGCCACGGAGCUCGGCACGCGGCUGGCCUACCACCGCGUCGACGUGCGGGACCAAAAGGCGCUGGGCGACAUCGUUGGGGGCAUCGCGGAGAAAGAGGGUCGGCUGGACGGGCUGAUCGCGGCCGCGGGCAUCCAGCAGGAGACGCCCGCGCUCGAGUACACGGCCGAGGACGUGGACAAGAUGCUCGGCGUCAACGUCACGGGCGUCUUCAUAACGGCGCAGGCCGUAGCGCGCGAGAUGAUCAAGCGCGGCCAGAAGGGGAGUUUGGUGCUGAUUGGGAGCAUGAGCGGGACAGUGGCGAACAGGGGUCUGAUUUGCCCAGCUUACAACGCCUCUAAAGCCGCAGUUCUACAACUCGCUCGCAAUCUGGCAGCCGAGUGGGGCGAGCACGGCAUCCGGGUGAAUACCAUAUCACCAGGUUACAUUGUCACGGCCAUGACAGCAGGCCUCUUUGAAGCCUUCCCCGAGAGGCGGACGGCUUGGCCCGAUGCCAACAUGCUCAAACGACUGAGCUAUCCGGAGGAGUAUCGGGGGGCAGCGGUGUUUUUGCUCAGUGACGCCAGCAGCUUCAUGACCGGAGCUGAUUUGAGGAUUGAUGGAGGCCACUGCGCUUGGUGAACGAGUAUGCGUAAUAUAUCGACAUCGAGCCGCGAUGUAUAGCCUGACAAUCGUUUGAAGUCGGGGUAUCUGAAUGUUGAGAGAACGUACAUGUAUUGUACAGUACA